GUUCCGGUACAGUGAUGUUAUACUGUAAAAUAUUAGUAUUUAAUUUGUUAUUCUUGUGUUCAGUUUAGUAACUAAAAUGAAAAAUAUAAUUAGUGUCGCAAUCGUUCUCUGUUGGUCUUCACUACUUGUAUCUGCCGAAGUUUGCCUUGAUCCUGCUACCUUGAAUCCAACUGCUAUUCACGCUACAGUAAAAUUGUUUCAAAAUAUACGGACUGCGGAAAAUUUAAUUGUGUCCGUCGAUAAAAAUCACUACCAAUAUGAAUGUAAACAUUCCAAACUGGGCAAGACUCUGUCUAAACUAUCCCUGGGUGGCUAUAUCACACAGCAGUAUUUCCUGGACGAUAAAAUUAUCGUUACUUAUAAUGAUAGCAAUAUGUAUGAAAUAAAAAAGGAUCAGCAACACGUAACUUACACAAUUCCGUUGGGAUAUGGUUCGUACCAAAACGGUAAUUGUUCGGGAGUAGAAAGUUAUUACCAAAACAGAACAGUGUCACUUGUUGAAUUUAUAAAUGUUACCCUUUCCAUCAACAAUAAGACGUUAGAAAAAGAAAGUGAUGCCAGUUACAUAUUUUCCGAUGUUCGUGUGUACACUUUAAGCAAGCAUCCACUAGUCCAAUAUGCCUUACUGGGUUACGAAGACUAUUUUUUGGCACUUCAUCUGAAAGAACCCUACAAUAUGACAUCGAGUUAUAUAAACACGGAUUACAAUUCCAUUAUAAAAUUUGGUGAACAUGAUGAUGGGUCUCGUAACAACAGGACAGCCCAGGUAUUCUUGAAGAUGUAUGGUACUUUUCCAGAAAGAGCUUUAAAAUUGAUGAAAGAUCACUGCGAGAUUAUUGUAUUUCAAGAAAUUCUUAACGCGGAACGCGGAACUCUCCAAAAAAAGGUGGACCAAAUAUUUGUAGUAUUCUACGGAAUAUGUCUAAUACUUAGUGGUUUAUUACAUUAUUGGAUGUUGAGGAAAUUUUGGAUGGCGAAAAGUGAUAUUAAGAAAAUCGAGAAAUCGGUUGCUAUCCUCAGUUUAACCUCCCAAAUGAGGAAAAGUGCUGAAGGUCCCUAUGAGUACAUUGAGUUUCUAGAUACUAAAAAAGAUUCGGAAUAUGGAUAUGAUACGGUAACUCUUACGUCAUCAAAAAACGGUAAGAAGAAAGAGAGGACGUCUGGCUAUCUAACGCCUGUGAAUAGUCAGCGAAGAAAGACGAACAACUACGUCAACUUACAAGAGGCCAAUUGUAAGAAUAUCGACAACAAGCAAACAGUUUAGACUUAUUUUCUCUUCAAUUUUCUCAUCUAAUUAUGAAAAAAUUAACGUAAUUAUAUGGA